GGAAGAAUGAAAAGUUUAAUACAUUACACACUACAAAAGCCCUUUUAGGUGCUCGGAAGUAUUCAAAUAGCCUCGGCGAUUUGAAUACACCUCGCACCUAAAAGUACGCUUUCGCAGCAGGAAUGUAAAUAACUAUCAACACUUCAAUUUUUCCAUUGUUCCAACGUUCUUACAAUGGAGAAAAUAUACCAGCUGUCAAGUUCAGCAUUAUAGCUCCUUUGUUGAGGUUUUCCUGAAAAACCCAGAAAGAAAAAUAAUAACACAGUAAUAAGUCUUAGAUCGGUCUGUAUUUAACACACUAAAAUGUUCUUUCCAAGCCACAUAAUAACCCAAAUAAUAAUUCAAUCUAACAUAGUGAAAGUUAAAAUGAUCGCAUAUGCAAAAGCAUUGUUGCGCCAGGCUAGAGGAAAAUUCGAAAUAAAUUAUCAAUAUAAUAAACAAUUCCUAGACUUGAGAAAAAUCGAGCUCAGUGUUACAAAUUAUUGGAUUAAUAAUCACGUUUUACCUUUAACAGCAUUAUCAGACGCUAUUCAUAAAUUAAAAACAAACAACAGAACAUAGAAUAGAUAGAAAAUAAACUAAAAAACAAAUUUUGCCGAACCAUGAGAUAUGGGCACCAUUGAGAACAUUACAAGAAUACAAUUUAAAUUUAAAAUUUCUCAAGAAUAUUUCAAAAACAUAAUUAUGGACAUAAAAUAAAUAGAAAAUAAACUUUGAAAAAACAAUGAAUUAAUUUGAUUUCAAAGUUUUCAAAAAAUAAGUAUCUAUAUGGGUAUCGAAGAAAUUUUUCAAAAUAAAAUCAACUGAUAUUAUCACCACUUCUUAAAUGGCAAUGCCAAAUCGUUAAUCACUCAAUGAUUUUAUUUUGAAAAUUGCCUAGCUUAUAAAUAUCCAAGUAUUCGUGGUCCUUGAUGGACGAUGACUAUGGCAAAGGCUAGAAGGUGUCCCAGCUCACCAUGCACAGCCAUUGCUGCAAGUUUAGGCCAAAUUCUUUUAAUUUCUCUUCUUCAUAAAUUUCAGCAACGUUCUGUUUGGAAAAAAAAAAUAAACACAGUACACAGUAGUUAAAGAAGCAGUUAAUUAGUCACUCACUCAAAUUAGUUACAUGUUGAUUAAAGAUACAUAAUUAAUUGCUGACUUAGCUUUAUGGAGUAUCAAUAAAACCAUUAAAAGCUAUACCAACAACUAACAAGAUAUCCUUACGUUUUAUCUCCUGCGGUCCCACAUUGGUUGCGUUUCUGCU